GAGUGUGGAAGAAGGAGAAGAAUCAGCCGAGGACAGAGACGAGUUGCAUUUAUCUUCUGCAUGCUAGGCUGCUGCGUGUGUGUGUGGGUGUGUUAGUCCCCUUGGAUGAGCACACAACGGCUGAGGAUGCUGCUGGGAGCAUGAGUUCUGACCGAGAGGAGUAUGACAUGGUCUGUCAGAAAGCUGUGACCCUAAUUGUUGACCUUUGCCUUCACAACAGCACACUGUUGGAUCGGGACACCUGUCAGGAUUACCUCUUCCUGUUGUCCAGCCAGAGCUCUGACCGCAAAGAACCGGACGCUUCUUUUGGCCUCCUGCUUGGUGUGUUUGUGGUCUGUGGCCUGGCUCUGCUGGGCCUUCUUACAUUCAUCUCCUGGAAGCUGUGCUGUGUGCCUCGGCGAACUAAGGCCCAUUUCCCCAGUCCACCCCUAACUCCGUCUUGUGGCCCAGAGCACCGCCCGCUCCAGCCGCCUCUCCUGCUGCCCAGUUCCCAGCAGUCACCAGUCACCAUGGCGACAGAGAAGGUGAAGGACCCCAUGGGCUCAAUGGGUUUCCUGGAGGCAGCAGUGAAGAUAAGCCGUACAUCUCCCGACAUCCCCACCGAUGUGCAGCUCUCCAUGAGGGAGCACUUUCUGCGCCGCACGCAACGCAUGCAGAGGCAAACCACGGAGCCGGCUUCCUCCACUCGGCACAAUUCAUUCAAAAGACACCUGCCCAGGCAGAUGCAGGUAGGCAGUCUUGACCUGGGAAAUGACUAUAUGGUGGACAAAGACGAAAAGCCCACCAGCAUUGGGCGCAUCCAGCCAGAGCUCUACCAACAGAAGACCCUGGAAUCAGAGGAUUCAUCCAAGAACAGCAGCAGCAAAAACUGUGGCUCAAUUAACUUCUCUCUCAAGUACGACUACGAAAAUGAGGCCCUCCUAGUCAACAUCCUCAAGGCAGUAGACCUACCUGCCAAGGACUUAUGCGGCACAUCUGACCCUUAUGUGAAGGUCUACCUGCUGCCCGACCGCAAGAAGUUCCAGACUCGCGUCCACCGGAAGACGCUCAACCCCACAUUCAGCGAGACCUUCCAGUUCCCUGUGCCUUACGAUGAGCUGGCGGUCAGGAAGCUCCAUAUGAGCGUCUUUGACUUUGACCGGUUUUCACGCCAUGAUAUGAUCGGGGAGGUGGUGCUGGAAAACUUGUUUGAGACAUCAGACCUCUCCAGGGAGACGAACAUAUGGAGGGACAUCCAAUAUGCCACUAGUGAAAGCGUUGACCUUGGGGAGAUCAUGUUCUCACUAUGCUACCUGCCCACUGCAGGCAGACUCACACUUACUGUCAUCAAGUGCAGGAACCUCAAGGCCAUGGACAUCACUGGAUACUCAGAUCCCUACGUCAAAGUGUCGCUCAUAUGUGACGGGAGACGUUUGAAAAAGAAGAAGACAAGCAUAAAAAAGAACACGCUGAAUCCCACCUACAAUGAGGCCAUCAUCUUUGACAUCCCACCAGACAGUAUGGACCACGUCAGCCUGCACAUCUCUGUCAUGGACUACGAUUUGGUAGGUCACAAUGAGAUCAUUGGUGUGAUGAGGGUUGGAUGCCAUGCUGAGGGACUUGGCAGGGACCACUGGAAUGAAAUGCUGGCUUACCCACGCAAGCCCAUUGCACACUGGCACCCCCUGCUGGAGUCUAAGAAAUCUGAGAAGGAGUGGAAGGCGAGGACAGCCAGCUUUGACAGCCAGGGCUCCUGCCCCUCACCCAGGCCCCCUGCUAGUCCCUGAGCAGAGCCACCUGUGACCCAGCAGCCCAGAAAGGGGUUUCCUCCCUCCUGUUGAUCCACUUCCUGUCUGUCUGACUGAGGAGAAACACAACCCCACUGUCUCUCCCUCUCUCUCUCUGUCCCUCACUUCCUCAAGUCUAAUCCCAGAGCACUCCCAAGAACUGAUCGUCAAUCAGUUAGUUGUGUGAAGCGCAGUCUUUUCGGGUUAAAGUUUUAGGGUCACUGAUUUGCAAUGUGGGUGUUGUGAUGACCCAGAGCCGCUCUCGUUGUCCUCAGAAGAGAUUGUCUGGACAUCCGGCUGUCCAAGCUGAUGUGAACGGAUCUCGGUGUCCCCACAGGUGACUUUCCAAAUGCUGAAGAUUCAGCUCUGCGCUGCAGAGACUCUUUGAUGGAGAAACUCAGUCGGAUAUCGCUCCCUGAGAGCAGCAGAAGUUUCAAAGAGGGAAGCUGAGGACUCAGCCGGGGUAGAAAAAGAGGUUAUCUUAAACGUGAUCUGAAGCAAUUUCAAACUCUACAGCUCGCUCUCAUUGAAUUUCACAGUGCUGUAUUAGCAUAAAAACGAUACUGAACUGUAGCAUUUUGGAACUAUUAGAUGUAAUAUCGCUCCAUUAGUCGUUAUUGUUUGUGAAUAGCUAAAAUUAACUGAAUUUCAGAGCUCCAGCUGAGUUCACUGUACUUCCAGUUUCAUCAAUAACAUAAGCAAUUAGCUGAUGCCCAGUUUAUUGAGGAGAGGUUGGAUCAGGCUGAACUAAAAUAUUCUCACCUUGGCAAUUUGCAGCUUUAGUGUGUUUUCACAAGCAGCCAAGACAAGAAGUUUUGUGUAGCGAAGAAGAAACAACAGGAUUAUUGGUAUUCACAUGAGAGCAUAUUGGGCUGCAGUGUUAUAGCUGAUUUCAUUUCUAAAACAAUGCUUUCAAUCUUUUUGAUACAAGAAGAAGAAGGUUAAAUUACCUGACAAAGGCACAAAUAGCUUAUUGAACACAAUGAUAGCAAAAAACCAACCCAAAAAGAAAAGAUUUUAAAAUAGACAAUAAAAAAACAGAAACAAGCUUUUUAUCAAGGGAGCUGUGGAGGUUUCUGUAAACAGGGAAAUUGUGAGCACACUUUACACACCCUUACCUCCUUCUCUGUUUGAUAUUUGCAAGUCUUUCUUCCAAAUGAAAACUCACACCAACGGUCAUGUUGUCCUUCACACAAAAACACUUUUCAAAUGCACUUCUUUGUCUCCUCUUCUUUUUUUUCUGAACAGGUUUUGGUGGAUGUGUAUAGUUUCAUGUACAGCCGUCUGCCGGUUACUGUAUGUAUGUUUUGUUUCUCUAAACAGAAAACCAGAAAAUAUAUAAUGAUAGGUAUAGAUUAAAAAAUUACUGACAUUUUGAAUAUAUGUAGCCUUGUUGGUGGUGAUGAUUGAGAAAAACCUAAACUCUGAAAAAGGUGAACAUAUUUGUCUUUUGAAAUUAGAAACAUGCAACUUUCUUGAUGUUUAUCCUGUCAUUAAUCAUAUUGUUGUACAGGGAGAAUGUGUAUUUGAAUUUGCCAUCCAGAUGCUUGAUCUGCAACAUGUGGUAAAUGGAUUAUUUUUGAUGUGAUUAAGAAAAAGACUGCAGCACUGCUGUUAUAUCAGUUUUAUUUGCAUCAGCAUAAUUCCUUAAAUGUUUCCCUGCAUAUUAUUCAUUUUCUUUACAAUAACUUAAGUUUUAGACAGAUAAAAGAUGCACAAAACUCCAGCUAAGGCCUGGAUCACUGUCCUAUAACUGAUUCUAUAAUUGUUCAGGUGAAAAACAGUAAUGCAUCUAUAGCUUUUAAUUAAAAAUAUUACGUAAUGGAGGGUUCCAUAUUGCUUUGUGAUGAGAAUAAAACAUAAUAAUGUGUAAUAAUCUA